AUGUUGGAAGAAGAACAUUUUAAUCCAGACUUUCGUACGCAAAGAAGAAAAUCUACUAGAAAGAGUCUUCUUCUUCCUGUUCUGACUGAACAGAUUUUAGAUGAACAGCCUUCAUCUAAUGAUGUCAACAGAAAUAAUGAAAUUGAUGACGAUGAAGUGACCGAUGAACUUGCUAAAAAGUAUCAAGAUGAAAGUAGAAAGUGGGAUCAGUUGGUGGAAGAAUAUGAAACAGGUUUAAUUUCAGCCAGUAAUCAAAUCGAUAUGCCUUCUGAAGAAUGGAUCAAAACAGAUCGUGUGACGCGUAAAUAUAAGGAUAUCAUAUAUCCGCAAAAGUAUUUUGAUUCAUAUGAUUCCCUUGACAGUGUAGCGGACUCUCUUCUAGAAACACAUAAUGAUAUAUUUUUUGAGUUAGAGAAACUUCCUUAUUUAAUCGAAAAACAGGACAUAUUUCUGAAGAGUUUUCAAAAAAAAUUGCACUUAAAACAACAUGUUUUUCAAGAUUCACUCUUUGGUUCUGCAUCGUCAAUGUCUGUUUUAUCUGAAUACCUUGGAGCUGAAACAUAA